AUGGUCGCUGUGAUUUCCAAGAAGAGAAAGCUUGUCGCUGACGGUGUUUUCUACGCCGAAUUGAACGAAUUUUUCACCAGAGAGUUGGCUGAAGAAGGUUACUCCGGUGUUGAAGUUCGUGUCACCCCAACCAAGACCGAAGUCAUCAUUAGAGCCACCAGAACUCAAGAUGUUUUGGGUGAAAACGGUAGAAGAAUCAACGAAUUGACUUUGUUGGUUCAAAAGAGAUUCAAGUACCAACCAGGUUCCGUUGUCUUGUACGCCGAGAGAGUUCAAGACCGUGGUCUAUCCGCCGUUGCUCAAGCCGAAUCCAUGAAGUUCAAGUUGUUGAACGGUUUGGCCAUCAGAAGAGCCGCUUACGGUGUCGUCAGAUACGUCAUGGAAUCCGGUGCUAAGGGUUGUGAAGUCGUCAUCUCCGGUAAGUUGAGAGCCGCCAGAGCCAAGUCCAUGAAGUUCGCCGACGGUUUCUUGAUCCACUCCGGUCAACCAGUCAACGACUUCAUUGACACUGCUACCAGACACGUUUUGUUGAGACAAGGGGUUUUGGGUAUUAAGGUCAAGAUCAUGAGAGACCCAUCUAGAAACAGAUCUGGCCCAAGAGCUUUGCCAGAUGCUGUCAAGAUCUUGGAACCAAAGGACGAAGAGCCAGUCUUGGAGCCAUCUGUCAAGGAUUACAGACCAGCCCCAGAAGAAGUCCCUGCCGAAGCUACUGCUGCUUAA